CACACACACACACACACACACACACACACACUUCCGUGUCCCGAAUCCACGUGACUGCAGAUCACAAGAGUCUGACCAAUCGGAGAAGUGCCAUGAAACACCGCCUCUUUUGUGCCACGCGACUCAUUUCUGUCACUUCUUCUUCUUCUUCUUCUUCUUGUUGCUUUACGGCGGAUCGCAGACUUAUAAGUGCAUUACCGCCAUUUCUGUCACUUCGACAUUGAUCAAUAUAUUCAUGUGUACAGUUUGUUCAGGGAUUUUACUGUUCGAUUAAAACGAAACAAACCUUGAAAACAGAACAUAUUGCAUCAGUCCAGUGCGACCGAAGCGAUUUUUGAACCGAUAUUAGUUAUUAGCUAUUUUUUUUGUUUGUUUCAAGCGUACCAUGCGCAUCAUCUCCGCCGUGGCGUGAUGACGUUUUUCCGGCCGAGCGUCAGACGGUGGAUGGAGGAAUAACAGCGAGCAAAACAUACAGACGACUGCUCGUGUGUCUCCGCAGGCCGUGACUGCGACCGUGUGUGGAGCGAUGGCCACACCGUUUGUUCCGGUACCCGUGCCCAUUGAGCGCGCUCCGCGGGCGGACCGUAGGAGAGAGAGAGCCGCGGCUCCGGACAGAUGCCCGAGUCCCGUCACCCGCGCCAGGCUCAACGGCACCGAGCGCUCGGUGGAAUAUUCCAGCUACCCGCUUCCAGAGACUCCGGGACAGAGCUGGGAGGAGCGGCCUAUCACGCCCACCGUGCUGGGGUACGAGGUGAUGGAGGAGAGGGCCAAAUUCACAGUCUAUAAGGUUCUGGUGAGGAAGACUUUGGACGAGAGCUGGGUCGUGUUCAGACGCUAUACUGACUUCUCAAGACUCAACGACAAGCUGAAGGAGAUGUUUCCGGGGUUCAGACUGUCUCUUCCUCCGAAGCGCUGGUUCAAAGACAACUAUGAGACGGAGUUCUUGGAGGACAGACAGCUGGGCCUGCAGGCCUUCCUCCAGAACCUCGUGGCACACAAAGACAUCGCCAACUGUGUGGCGGUUCGGGAGUUCUUGUGUCUGGAUGAUCCUCCCGGCCCGUUUGACAGUCUGGAGGAGAGUCGGGCGUUCUGUGAAACUCUGGAGGAGUGUAACUACAGGCUUCAGAAGGAACUUCUUGAUAAACAGCGAGAGAUAAACUGCUUAAAGAAAACACUGGACGAGAAAGAGCGCCACAUUCAGAUGCUGGAAGGACGAAUCAACGGGGACGUUCUCACUCCAGACAGUCCGUGUUGUGCGUCCGGAGCGGGCAGCAACUGUAGUCUGGACGUGGAGUCUUCUGCUGCGGAGGCCGAUCAGGAGCUGCAGGAUGAAAGCCAACAAAGGACUGGAGAAGGGAUACGGGAAGAAGAUGAAGUGACGCGGCGCUGCUCUCGCCAUCGACUGUGAUUUAAACUCCAUUGAACUCUACUUUCUUCACGUUUACAGCAAUAUCACGAACGUUUGUUUCUGUCCUGUUUGUCUCAGUUGCUUCUGAUCAUCCGUCUCCAGUUCAUGCUUCUUGAGUUGAUGGCUCUGACAACAACAGUUAUGUAAAUAUAGCACUGAUGUUCAGAGGAUCGUGGAUGGACUGAGAAAUAUUUUCGGUGGUGGAUUUUCCAAUGUUAUGAUCAUUAGAAAUGUAUUUAAUAAAAGAGGCUUCUUUGUGUCAGCUGAUGUGAGUCUGAAUCAGUGUUGGGGAGUAACUAGUUAGAUGUAAUGGAAUUAUGUAAUUUAAUUACAAAAUAAAUGC